ACAGAAAGAAAACUAUUUAUGUGAUCCGUUUAUGAAUCUGCUGGUAGCACGGACCACGAAUAAAUAGCGACUGAUUUUGUAUUAACCGCAUGGUUGUAUAGUUUAAAAUUGUAUAUAUCACUUAAGUAUGAUAUUUCUUGUACAAUACAUCAAGAAGCCGUUUAUUUUGAAUACAAUGUAAAUGAACAUCUAAGGGUAAUAUGCUUGCCGACAAAUAAAUCUACCACAAUAUGGCAGAACAACAACAAUCUCCACCUGACUUUAAACAUAUGUCCUUAGAUAAAAUUAUUGAAGCCAUGACUUCCGAUCUAGAAAGUUCCAAUGGUCAUUAUGUUCAGUUUGGUAUAAAUCCACAACAAACUGCAACCCACAAUUGGGGAGAUUAUUCUUCAAGUCAAACAAGACAUUAUAUUACUAGUCAGACACCACAUACUAAUCCAUCCACAAUACAACCAAUGACUCCAAUGGGUGGUCCUCUUUACAUGCAUGACAUGUCAAAUUACGAGUCUACGACAGAUUCAAUUUAUUUUCCAUCGCAAGCAGUAAAUCAUUUAGGUAUAAAUGAAAAUAAUGACCUGAUUGGUACAAUAGAUGUUGGUGGAGGUAAUUAUAUUAAUGUAAUCUAUGGAAAUGCUUCACAAAUCAUGGCAGAGCAGUGUCAACUUUCAAAUAUAACAUCCUAUAGAAACCAAAAUAUUAUUGGUCGUGAAUAUGGUCUUUUUAACGAUCGACACAUUACGGUACCAUCUGAAUUACCACCUCAAAAUUUUAAUGGAAAACAAUUAAUUGACAAUUUAGUUGGUAAUUGGGUACCAAAUCAAUCUGGUACAUAUAGUCCCUUUGGUAGUUCGCCAAAUGUAACUCCAGUACCACAGUUAAAUGUAGAUGUCAGAGAACCUGAAGGAUUACCCAAAAAUUCAACAGAUUCUCAAUAUAAGAAACCUCGUGCGGUAGCAGAGGUAAAACCUAUGCGACCUUCUUAUUCUGAUGUAUUAACAAAAUCUGCUCCAGCACCUCCAUCUCCUCUAACUGUUCAAUCUAUAAAACCAAAAGCAGAGUCUGUAAAUAAAAAGAUUUCUAAUAAAAAUUCAAAAAACAAAUCCAAAUCUGCAGCACUGAAAAGGCAAAAUUCGUCUGGUAGCGAUGAUCACAAUUCUCCAAAAAUACAAAUACCACGUAAAAUUUUAGAAAAAAAUAAUUCAAAUCUACCAAGACGCUGGGUAUCAUUGGACAAUCUUGGUUCACCGAUUGAAUCUCACGAAAUAAAUACUUUUGAUAGAUCUAAUCAAUUUGAGAAAAAGAAAGUUUCUAAAACGCCUAAAAAGUCAGAAAAAGCAGAGACACUGAAUAAUUCAAAAAUUCAAAAUAAUAAUCCUAAAUCUGCAGGAAAUAUUCUUAAACGACCUAUACAAAUAAAUAAUAAUUUGAAUACAACAAAUACUUCCAGUCAGACUGUAUCUCCUGAAAAGAUAGAGAAAAAUCAACAAGUUGUUAAUAAAAUCAAUAAAGAAGAAAAGAAAGUUACCAAGGAAAAAAAUUCAAAACGUUUUCAAACUGAAAAGGCACAGCAAAUUAAGAAAGCUCAAAGGAAUCGUAGAAGAGAGAAUAGAGAAUCUCCAGUUAAAGAUUUAUGUAAAAAUUUAAAUAAAUAUGCCAAUCGUUGGAUUAAAAUCGGUUUAAAAAUAUUUCAUUGGUUACUGCACUUAGUAUCUGAUGUAGUUAGUAUGAGUGCCAAUCUUAUGAUUCAACUUGGUAAAUGUGGGUGGUAUCAUACGAUAUUAUAUUUAAAAUAUUCAUGGGUCUACAUGGCUGUUACAUUUUCUAAAGUUCGAAUUCUAAAUGCUGUUGGUAAACAAUUGGAUGAUUGGUUUGGAAAUAGUAAAUUUGCAUUUUGGCGUAAAAUAAAAGCCAAAAGUGAAGAAAAAGAAGAGAACAGUAAUUGGAUACGCGGUGGUCUUGAAAGUAAUAUUGCAUUACCUAGCACUGGUGAAGAAGCUAUGAAGAGAUUAUUGGCUUGUAAAGGAAAAGAUCCUUACAGUAUACUUGGUGUAACACCAACAUGUUCAGACGAUGACAUUAAAAAGUAUUAUAAGAGGCAAGCUUUCUUAGUUCAUCCAGACAAAAAUAAUCAACCAGGUGCAGAGGAGGCCUUCAAGAUACUCGUACACGCAUUUGAUAUAAUUGGUGAACCGGAACGAAGACAAGCAUUUGAUCAAACCAGACAAGUUGAAGCAGCUUGGGGUGAAUUAAGUGAUUUACUUUCUCAACUUCAUAGAAAAAUGGAACAAGCAGCAAAUACAAUAAGAUGUACAAAUUGUGGUCUAAGGCACAAGAGAAUUCCUACGCAACGUCCUUGUUAUGCAGCACGAUUUUGUGCUCAAUGUAAAAUACGCCACAGUGCAAGAGAAGGAGAUAUCUGGGCAGAAUCUCGUUUAAUGGGUUUUCUUUGGCAUUAUUAUGCUUGUAUGGAGGGUGCAGUGUAUGAUGUCACUGACUGGGCAGCUUGUCAAGCUGGUAAUUUAAAACAUCUGAGAGCAAAUACGCAUAGUGUCCAAUAUAGAAUUGUCUUAGGUCAGCGACCGCCAUCGCAAACAACCGUCAAUAAUAAUAAAAAACGUCAACAAAUAGAUCCAAAUACGAGCGAAGCAGAUUUUGAAGACUUUUUAAAUAAUUUGUACAACCAUAGCAAGACCGGAACUUCAAGCACAUCAGGAGAUCAAAAUUCUUUUAGAGGGGAGUGUAAACGUCGUAAAGCUAAACGUAAGAAGUAAAAAAUAUGGCAAGUUACUUCCUAAUUCUUUAGUAUCUUUCGUAUAUAAUUAUACAAUAAUAUACAUACUUCUUUAAUGACUUCUUAUAUUCUUUCUUCAAUAUGAGUAUAGAUAACAUUCAGUGACUUUAGCACAAUCCUGAAAUACUAAAUAGAACAAACGUGAAAAGAUACAUGUAUGUAAUAUUUCUCUUUAAAAAUUAUAUUUUUAUUUUUAUGCAACAAAAAAAAAGUUGCAAAAGUUUUAGAAGUGUACAUACUUACUUGGAAAGAGUAAUGUUUAUUUAAUAAACUCAAACUGAAUAUUCGUUUAAAAUUAAGGUAAUUGUUUAAAAAAUAAUAAUUUUAAUUAUUGAUUUCUGUAGGAAACCAACUUGUACUUUUUUAAUAAUUAUAAUUAAUAAAGUAUACAACUUCAGUGUAUUUUAAAAUACAAAGAUUCGUAAUUAAUAUAAAGUUCAAGAUGAUGUAGUAAACAGACUAGCAAUGUUAAAAUACUGUAAAUUCCAAUUUUAGAAAGAUAUAAAAGAGAAAAGUUAUCUUUUGAACCAAAUAAGAUGUGAAUCUUAAAUACAAGUUAUUUUCACAAAAUUAAUAAUACAGGAUUUAACAAAAAUUUCCAAACAAGUUUAAUACCAAUCAAGACAAGCGAUCUUUCAGUAUGUCUAAUAUAUACAUAAUACUCAAAUAUAAAUGUUAGAAUAGUAUUUUAACAUAAUAUGCAAAACAAAGCUGCAGUAAGUAGGUAGUUUUUUAAGGGUUUGUUUUUUUAACUUAGAAAAAUUGAAAAGCAAUGAAAAAAGGUCAGUCAUUUUAUCCGAAAAUCCCCCGAAUAACAUGUCAACUUCUCAUAAAUUAUUGUACAUCAGCUAAUGUUAUCUAUGAACUGUAAUAAUUAUGCAAUAUAAGUGGAAAGAAUUUUUAAUUAUAAAUUGUAUUAACUUU